GAAGGUUACUCAACCCCACUGAUAAUUGGAGAGAUGUAAAUUAGAAAAAUAUUAUCAUCCAUCUGAUUUGAAAAAUAGCCUGACCAUUUCAGGUGUUGCUGAGGUCUGGCAGGAGAGGCUCUGAUUCACUCUUUAAAGUGUGGAACAGUUCAGUCUCUUCAGAAAACAAUGUGGAAAUAGCUAGUAAUAUUGAAGAUGUGCGCAUUUAAUAUCUCAGAAAUUCCACUUCUAGGUAGUCUACCAAGAGACAGACAUUCAUCUGUUAAUGAUAGCUCAAUGAUAGUUUAAAAAACUAGAAUCCAUCCACCUGUCCCAUCACAAACAGCAUGGAUGAAUAAGGUGUGGUGGCUUUGUGUAGUGGAAUCCUACAGUAAUGGAAAUGAGUGAAUGAUGACUAUGUCUGCCCAUCAAUAUGGACAAAUCUCAGGAAUAUGAUAUUGAGCAGAGACAAAGUGACGGUACCAUAUAUGUAUGUGUGUGCAUAUGUAUGUAUGUAGAGUAUGAUUCCAUUGGUAUAGGGCCUAAAACCUGCAACUCUAAAUGAUAUAUUGCUUAGUGGUACACUCAUUUUUAAAACUUAUAAAGAAAGCAAGUGAAUGAACAAGGUAAAAUUUAGGAUAGUAGUUACCUCUGAGCCAGGGCCACAGGAGGACGUCAAAAGUAACAUAAAUCUUUUUCUUUCUUAAAUAGGAUGGCACACACACAGGUGUUCACUGUAUUAUUCUUUUUGCUAUAUAUAUGUUUUGUAUCAACUCAGUGCUUAAAAACACGUGUAGAAGAAUGACCAGGGACGAAGACUUUGGAGGAAGGCCUCAGAGGUCAAAGAGGUGAAGGGGAACCAGCAGUACCAUCUCAGGAGAGCUAGGAAGGGAGCUAGGAGAUUGCAGACUCCUAGAAGAAUCUCACAAGUGCGUGUGUCCACACCCGCACACAAGGGUCAGGAGCUAUGUCUGUCUGAUGCCACACUGAAAUCAGGAAGACAGAAGGUUAGAAAGGAUGAUUGAGUUUGGCCAGAGGUCACUGUAGCUUUUAGGAGUUUGGUUUUGCCAGAGCUGCGGGAAUGGAAGGCUGUCAGCAGAUUAAGUUGAUGCGGGAUGAGUCAAUGUGGCAGUCCCAUGUCAAUAAGUUAUUCCUGAAACAUUUGAGUGAAAGAAGUGAGUCAAUGUAAAGGCGAAGAAUUUUUCAAAGGAGACAAAGUGGAGAGAAGUACGGCAGGGCAAGCAACGGCGGUCCUGGAGAGGAGGGAAGGAAGUUAGUGAGGCGCGCAGGGCCGGGGGGGUGCAGAGGAGUGGUGGCUCAGUCAGUGUUGAUGUGCUGCGGAGCCCAGAGAUUGAGGUGUGGGCCCUUGUUUGUGGCAUUAACACUGAUGAAAGCCGUCAGCUAACUGGUCACGUUAGAAAUAUUUUCCACCAUACUCUUUUUUUAAAAAACGUGUUUAAAAUCUGCUGAUUUGGGGAAAGGAGUGAAGGCUCCUCAUGAUUCUAGACACCUGUUUCAAUCUUUGCUGGGACUUUGUCAAACAGCCUAGGAGUAGGGAAAGACAGGCUCUGUUCUGGAUGUGCAGAAGGGAUUCCUCCGCACGCUACUUUCUGUGACUUGUUCACAGAGUACCCAGUCAUUCACGGCCCACAUGUGAAUGAGCAGCACUCUGGGAGGGUGUGCGGUAUUGGAAUACGUUCAGAAAGUUCUCCAGACCUUCCCCACUUGUAACAAAUACAGAGGGCUUUUAGUUUAAAAAUUAUGUGUUUAAAGCAAAAGUCCAACUCAGUCCAUUUUAAUGUUGACAUUUUCAUUCAUUGGGAAGUAAGGAUGCUUUUGUUGCAUUUUUACAGUUAAGGUACAUGGACAGCAGAGAAGAUGAACAGGUUCGAGGGAUCACUAUGAAAUCCAGUGCCAUUUCACUACAUUAUGCAAAAGAUAACGAGGAGUACCUGAUUAAUCUGAUAGACUCUCCAGGACACGUGGACUUCUCCUCGGAAGUCUCCACAGCUGUCCGCAUUUGUGACGGGUGCAUCAUCGUGGUCGAUGCCGUGGAAGGAGUCUGUCCACAGACACAGGCUGUUCUGCGACAAGCCUGGCUUGAAAACAUCCGUCCAGUUUUGGUGAUCAAUAAGAUAGAUCGUUUGAUAGUGGAACUGAAAUUCACCCCGCAGGAAGCCUAUUCUCACCUCAAGAAUAUUUUAGAGCAGAUUAAUGCACUCACAGGAACUCUUUUUACUUCUAAAGUCCUAGAAGAAAGAGCAGAGAGAGAGACUGAAUCCCAAGUGAAUCCAAAUUCUGACCCAGGAGAGCAAGUGUAUGACUGGAGCACUGGCUUGGAGGACACGGAUGAUUCUCACCUCUACUUCUCUCCGGAUCAGGGCAAUGUGGUGUUUACGAGUGCAAUAGAUGGGUGGGGCUUCGGUGAGAGAAAGCCUGGAAGGGACCUGGGACCCAUCAUUGUCUUAUCCAGCCACAUUAAUCGUUGUCGUUUCCCUGCUCCAACGACUGAGAGAUGCUUGAUGUUGCCAGAAGUAAACAUAUCUGUGAUCUCCUGUAGACCUCUCACUCAGGAAGAAAUUGCUCAGAGGCGAGAGCGUGCAAGACAGAGGCAUGCAGAGAAGCUCGCAGCAACGCAGGGGCAGGCACGCACGGAGCUCACCCGGGACGGGAGUGCCCUUGACACAAGUCCAAAGGGAGAGGAGACCAAAGGUGAUGAGCAUCAGGUGGAGAGUAUGGCCCUUAAAUCUCUGCCCCAGGAAGGAAACAACCAAGAGUCUUUUAUUGCAUUUGCUCGCGUGUUCAGUGGUGUGGCUCGAAGAGGAAAGAAAAUUUUUGUCCUGGGGCCCAAAUACAGUCCUGUUGAGUUUUUGCGGCGGGUGCCAUUAGGCUUCUCCGCUCCACUCGAUGACCUUCCCCUGGUCCCCCACAUGGCGUGCUGCACCCUAGAAAACCUGUAUCUUCUGAUGGGCAGGGAGCUGGAAGGCCUGGAGGAGGUACCUCCAGGAAAUGUGCUAGGUAAGGAGGCCCUGUGCCCCGUAUCUCUGUCCCUGCACUCCGUUCUCAGAGCUCACCCAACACGUCACCCAGACUUAAAAUCCGCUUGCUCCAAAGUCAUAAGAAGUUCUGUGUUAUUCUUCUAUAAGCUUUUUCGUUCUGUUUAUGAGAUUGAGACUUGUGACCCAUCUGAAAUUGGUUGUAAGAUGGUGUGA